UGUUUUGUGUAGAUUUAUUUGCCAAAUAAGGCAAAUAAAGAAGUGUAAAGAUCUUUUUGGAAAUGGAAAGUGUAAAGAUCUUUCAGAACCGGAGGAAGUAUUUGACAAUUGAAUUUAUUCAUAGAAGGGAUUUUGCGCAUAAUUAAUUAAAAUACAAGAGAGUUUGACGUAUUUUUUAAAUCACAAGAACUAAUGCGCCGAAUUUUCAUAUCAGAACGUAAUUUGGUGCAUUAAACCUUAUUGAUACUUUGAAUAGUCUAUGAUCUAAAAAAUUGAACGGAAGCUUAUUUUGGUGGGAAGAAAUGUGAACUGAAAACUAAGGGAAAUGAGUGGCUGCUACUGCUGGUUGAUGCUAAAUGAUGCGGCUACCUUACAGGCCAUAGCACAAAUAGAAACAAAAUACACUAUAAUCAUUAUCCGCUUAUCCAUGAAAUUAUGCCCAUUACCAUGCUAUCUGGCAUCUGCUGAGUUACUGACUAGCCAGUAGGCAGUAGCUCACCAGCAGCUUUCGCCGCUUGCCCCGUCGUCCCUUCCUCCGAUCGACGCCGGUCGUUGCUAUUCCGCAGAAACUCGAAAUAAGGGCCCGACAGGAAUUUGACGAAAUCAGAUGAGAUCCUUCAAAAGUUUUUAUUUUUGAAGACAUGAGUAGUGUUUUCACUGCUGCUACGGUAGUUCGGAUUAACCUUAACAAUAAUCUGAUAUGGAGAUCAAAGCCGGCUGCCUUUGGUUCCCAGACCGACGGAGUAAUUCGUUUCACGACAUCCAAAAGGAGUAAUUUUUUCGUUUCCAGAGCAAGUGUCUCUUCUUCUACUCCAGACUCCGCCGGCGGGAACAAGAAAAAGAGGAGGAGGAGGACGAGGAAGAACAUCGGAAUCGACAAUGAUGAAGGCGAGGAGGUGAUCAAAAAUGGUAAUGAAGCCGUAAUUGCUACUAGCGAGGAGAAGGAUCAAUCGUCAUCAUCUUCUUCUUCUCCAGUUUCCGUCAUAAAGAGGCUCGACGACGUGAACCCAGUUGGGUUAGGGCGACGUUCCCGUCAAAUUUUCGAUGAGGUGUGGCGGAAAUUCUCAGGAUUAGGUCAGAUGUCCUCCUCGAGCCUCAUUGACGCUGAGGUUGGUCCGAUGUGCGAAUUCCCCACCCCAGGGGCUCAGAACACCACCAUCCUCAUCGUAGGAGCCACCGGCCGUGUAGGACGGAUCAUCAUACGGAAGCUCAUGCUCAGGGGUUACACAGUCAAGGCUCUGGUGAGGAGAGCCGAUGAAGAAGUGAUGGCAAUGCUUCCCACAUCUGUAAAGGUUGUGAUUGGGGAUGUGGGUGAUUCUUCAACUCUCAUCGAUGCCGUUCAAGGCUGCAACAAGAUCAUAUAUUGUGCAACCGCUCGCUCCACCAUUACACUGGAUCUCAAUAGGGUGGAUUAUCAGGGGGUUUACAACCUUACCAAAGCUCUCCAGGACUAUAAUAACAAGCUGGCACAGAUGAGGGCUGGAAAAAGUAGCAAAAGCAAGCUUUUAAUAGCAAAGUUCAAGUCUGAAGAUUCAUUGAAUGAGUGGGAAGUCCGUCAGGGGACAUACUUCCAAGAUGGAAUUGCUAUGAAGUAUGAUGGAGGGAUGGAUGCAAAUUUUGAGUUUACUGAAACUGGGGAUGCUGUUUUUUCAGGAUAUGUUUUUACACGAGGAGGGUAUGUUGAAUUGUCAAAAAAGCUUUCACUUCCUUUGGGAUACACACUUGACAGGUAUGAGGGCCUAGUAUUAUCUGUUGGUGGGAAUGGGCGGUCGUACAUAUUUAUUCUUGAAGCUGGUCCUUCAGCAGAUAAAACUGAAAGCAAAAUGUAUUUCACAAGAAUGAGCACAAAAGCUGGAUUUUGCAGGGUGAGAGUGCCAUUUUCUUCAUUCCGUCCUAUGACACCUGAGGAUCCACCUUUGGAUCCAUUCCUUGUACACACAUUGACUAUUCGUUUUGAGCCAAGAAGACAGAGACCAUCUGAAGGAUCUAAUGGGGUGAAGGAAGACUUGAGAAGCUUUAAACUAGUUUUGGAAUACAUUAAAGCUUUGCCUACAGGACAAGAAACAGACUUCAUCUUAGUUUCAUGUACAGGAUUGGGAAUAGAAUCUUCUCGAAGGGAGCAAGUUUUGAAAGCCAAGAGGGCUGGAGAAGACUCGCUGAGAAGGUCAGGCCUUGGAUAUACAAUAAUACGCCCUGGUCCCUUAAUGGAAGAACCUGGUGGCCAGCGUGCUCUUGUAUUUGACCAAGGAAAUAGAAUAUCUCAGGGAAUCAGCUGUGCAGAUGUGGCUGAUAUCUGUGUGAAGGCAUUGCAUGAUUCAACAGCCCGGAACAAAAGUUUUGAUGUAUGUUAUGAGUAUGUGCCGGAAUCUGGGAAGGAGCUUUAUGAGCUGGUUGCACAUUUACCGGAUAAAGCAAACAACUACUUGACGCCAGCACUCUCAGUCCUGGAGAAAAACACCUAAAAAGAUAUCAAAAAACCAGAAUCAGUAUUCAUGAUAAGGGGAGGGCAUUAUCGGUGUCAAACAGAAAGUUGUUUUCCAUAUAUAAAGCUAUAUGCACUUGCUGUAGUUUUUCGUUGGUGGUAUUGUGUGCAUGUAGUAUACUAGUAUGAUCCAGUUGUGUAUGCAAACUUAAUAGUUAGGGUUCAAACUCACAUUUUAGUAGUAUGCCAGUUUUUCAUUUACUUUCAACCAAUUCUUCAUAUCCAUUUCAAAACGAUUAAUAGGCUUAUUAGUUGCUAAUCAUAGUAAAAGUUGUGAUGAGGCA